CACAAUCUAAAGCUGGCUCCUUAUUAUGACAAUCAUGGCCAGCGCGGGGGCAACCAGAAGCGUCCGUUGAAGGUGUGAUACCUGCGCUGCAAUAUCUUGCCGAGCCAGUACCCCAACACGACGUUGGCGACAAGUUCGGAAGUUCAAGAUCUGGGUCACACUGGUAUCUAACAUUUUGCAAAUAUGUUGCUACCGCGCACGAUGACGCCAUCGCGUGGCCAAUAGGAGCGCGGCCACAUGGAACCAUCGCAGGCUUUGCAGCGUGCGCUCCCCGGGUGUGGUUGCAGCCAUCGACGGGUUCUUCAUCUUCAUGGAUGCACCCAGCAAGGAGAUAGCAGCUGCUCAUAAUACUCAAAGCAUCACCAAAACAGUACAUCUACUGGCUGCUUGUGAUCACCGCGGCGCACGCACUGGUGUACUUCCCAGGGUUCCGCGAUCCGCCCGCCAUUCUCGUGCUUUUUCAGAGAAGGCCCCCCUCUGCUGCGACCUCAGGGAAGCAUCGGCGGCAGCUUCUCCCAUCUAACGCGCACCUCGUCGAGGACAGGAGCUUCCCCUUUCCCUGGAGAUCAUCACCCCCUCCCAAGACAACGAUCACCUCAGCCCCACUCAGUGUCACUUAAACAGACCAUACAAAAAACAUGUGUCAAAAUUGAACAUGCUUUCAGCAUGCUGAAAAACAGACUGCAGCAACUAAAACAUGUAGAAGUGAACAACAUGGGUAAUGUGGCUGAGGUCAUCACUGCAUUGAUCAUUGCACCAUGCAUCAAUCAUUGCACUGUGCAUCAUGAGCAUGGGGCAGGGGAUGACUUGGUGCCUGCAGAGCUCCAUGAGGCAGAUCCUGUGGAACAGGUUGACAUGGGUGUGCUGUUACUUUCUAGCAUACAGAACCUGCAAGUGCAGUGCAUGGGCAUCACAAAGCGACAGCACAUGGCUGACCACCUCAUGGCAAAGAUGAUGCAUGCCGCUUGCUCCAGUUAAAUGUUGUAAUGCGAAGAUUGGGAACAAUAAAAGCAGAUCAGAAAUAACAGUCAAUUCAUUACAUUCAAGUCAACACAAACACACUUUGGGAAACAGACAGUUAAGGAGCAGCAGGAGGUGUCCUUGGAAGGAACAAAGACUGAAAAGCUUGGAGACUGUCACAUCUAGAAACACAACAAUUGAUGUACACCCAGUUACUGGGACUACUUUGGGCAACAGUAUGGCAAUUCCAUUGCUUGAUUGCCUAGUGCAUGUCAAAUUUCAUCCACAGGUGUUCACAUUUGGCACAUAACAUUUUAAGAAUUCAAUGUUCACUGCCUUCCAUAAUUGACCAUUUAGGUUAUACCAUGGGGGUAAAACUUAAUGCAAACAAUACUUAAAUACAACAUGAUGACACCUAUGACAUGUAUCAGUUUUUUUACAACUCACCCACCUUGUCAAACACAGCAGACAAAACCAUGGCAGUAGGAAAUGUUUCUUUGGCAAAGUAUGCAUGUAUCAUUGUAUAAUGGCCACAUUAAGAAGAUUCAAUGCAACUAAGAUAAGGACAGGCCAUAGCUUCAUGUGUACAGAACAAAUUGCUCAAAAUUAUGCAUACAACCUUUAUCAUCAAGAAAAAUAUUCAACUAUGACAAUUUUAUGUUCCUGUCUUGUACUUACACAUGCUUUAAUACCACCAGCAAUUAAUCAGUGGAAUCACCCUCACAUCUCUGUUAUCUAUUAAUAAGGUAUACUGAAAUAUAUACCAGUGCUUAAUCUGCUAACAGAAAUUUUAGGUAAUGCCACCAUGAUAUACUGUUCAACAUAGGGGUUCCAAACUCUAACUUCCCCAUGUUGUUCAUAAUCUGUCAGGCAUGCAGUAAAGGUACAGGUUAGUGAAGAAGUGACCCAGAAAAUAAGUGCAAUCAGAUCAAUAAUAUAAUUUUCAUGCUGCAUAACAAUCAUGCUUACCAGCCACAAAACCACAAGUCUGUUUGGUUCACCUCUACCAACCCAUGCCUGUGCAGUCCAGUAAUUCAAAAUAAUCAAUCAGGCCUAUGAAACAAAUCUGCUUGCAUUACAGGAGUACUUAACUGAUAUGAUACAGUAGCACAUAGGCCAAGAAGUUAAGUAGCAAUGCAUAGCAAUGCGCAGCUAAGAUCGAAUCACUAAGCAGGUAGUGAUGGCUGACACAUCAGCAUACCUACUGUCCCUAAGCCAGGUGUGCCUUAACCUGCAAGCCCUGACGAACUAUCAUUAAGGGAAAGCAAACAAGUCUGACUAAUGCAUUUUUCAACCGAUAGUAGUUAAUUACCCUAUGAAAAAGCGUAACUUAUAAAUGGCACAUCUAUGGGGCUAGAGGAAAACCUCCGCACCCACCACACCCCACCCGCAGGCGCGUCUUGGGCGUCGCUAUGCGUUGCUAUGUAAAUAACCACGAGCUACCGCACUUACUUCGCCUCUCGGACAACCAAGGAAUGGGUUUGGGCCGUGACGUCAUAGCCAACAUGUCAUCAAGUGAGCCAGACCCAGACCUCUUGCUAUGGUCCAUGUCUGAAGACCAUGAUUUUCCUGAAGCAGUAAGAAGUAUGCUUCCCAUGCUGAACCCAAAUGACUCUAAGGACUGGCAAGAGUUUGUCAGUCCACUGGUAAAUCCCAUGGAAGAUUACCAGUUGCAUGGAACAGAGCAUCAGUCGCCACCGCCGGCCUCUCCGGACGCCCAGGAAGGCGCCGAGCUCGCGCCGACUGCGGCCCCGACGGAGCAGCCGCCGGCUCGCGCCGCCCCCGGCGCCGUCCCCGCGCUGGAGAGCUGGCCCGGCACGUACAACUUCGGCGUGACGGUGAAGACGCCGCCGUCGGCGGCCGCCGGGCGCCAGCUGCCGUACGUGUACAGCGAAGCCGCGGCCAAGCUGUACACGGACGUGAUGGUGGCCGUGCCGGUGGCGUUCCGGACGGCGGCCGGCGUCGAGCCGCGCGCGCUGGCUAUCCGCGCCACGCCCGUCUACAGAGAGCCGCACCACGCGCAGACGCCGGUGCGUCGGUGCGCCAUCCACCGUGACGCCGAGCACGCCUUCAACACCGGCGAGGCAAAUCUGCUGCACGUGCUCUGGUCCGAGCACCCGCAAGCCAGCUACGAGGAGAACCAGGAGCGACGCAGCGUGACUGUGCCGCUCGAGCGCCCGGCGCCGGGCACCGCCGACUACCAGGUGCUCUUCAAGUUCACCUGUAUGAACACGUGCGUCGGUGGCAUCAACCGCCGCCGACUGAUGGUGGUGUUUACGCUGGAGGAGAUCGACUCGGGCGUCGCGCUGGGCCGCCAGGCCAUAGAGGUCAAGGUGUGCCGGUGCCCGCAUCGCGACUGGCGCGCCGACGAGAAGCGCCGCGGCCAGCAGUUGAAGGUGCCGGUGAAGAGGCGCCGCGAGCCGUCGCCGGGGCCCGGCGGCCAGCGCGGCCGCUGGAUGGUCGAGGCCCGCAGCGAGGCCAUGUACAACUACUUGGUGGCGGUGCGCGACAACCUGGAGCAGUACGACCGCGACCGCGCUCCGGCUGCCGGGCAUGACCCGGUCGGCGACGGCACGCCCGUCACUCUACGCCGCCAGCCCACUAUGCCCGUCAGAGCCGAUCUGGAGUAGGAGCCGCGGGACUGGCGGCGUCACGGGCGGCGGGGGGGGGGGGGGGGGGAUGGGAAGGCCUCGGCUCGCAGAUUGAAGCCAGCUUUGCGAGCUCCGUUCGGUGGUGUGAUUCGAGGGUGGACAUUCCGCCUGCGAAUGGGCUGUGGCGAUACCCGCGUCUGUAGGCAUUUGGAGGGAUUCCACAGGGCGUGCAAGGGCGUGCCUGCGCUAUUUUGGCCAUAACUCCCUGCAUGUGUUAUAUGACUGCAUUUGCAUCAGUUUUGUAGAUUAGGUUCGUUUGUUCUGCGAUUCCAGGAUGUCGACAUCCUUGAUAACGACCGAGUUCUCAUGUGCAUCGUUGUGUCUGUAGUGUUAACGCAGCAGUCGAAGAAGCGUCAUCUGAUGGAGAUUAUUCGGUUGCUUCGAAUACGAGGAUGACCGAGGAG